AACUGAUCAUUUUCAUCACUCUGGCUUACUUCAAAAGGCCAAAGUACAACUAAACAUCGCAUUCAAGAGUCUCACACUCCUUCUCAAAGGCACUCCAUAUUCUCACAUGGAAAACAACAAUACCACCAAAAUGAGCACCACCAAUCCAAUGGAUUCAAAAACCGGUUUCAACCCCAUUUCCAAAACCUUCCACAGUUUAAGACCACCACUCAACAUUCCUCCACCAAACGCUACAAUCUCCGCCGCAACCUACACCUUCUCCCUCCGCCAAAAAGCUCCCUGGUCCGACUCAACCACAGCCUUCAUCGACUCAACUACAUCUCAGCAACUAUCUCACUUUAACUUCAUCCAACGGUCAAAAACCCUCGCCAAAAACCUCAUCACUCUCCGGGGACUCACCAAAGGCCACACCGCAUUGGUACUUUCCCCAAACAUUAUCGAGGUCCCAAUCCUCUACUUCGCACUACUCUCUAUUGGCGUGGUCGUCUCACCCGUUAACCCAGUUUACACUCCCUCCGAGAUUUCUCACUUUCUCAACCUCUCAAAACCUGUAAUUGCUUUUACGACGUCGUUUCUAUCUCACAAACUUCCAAAAUUCUCACUCGGAACGAUUCUCCUCGACUCGUCUGAGUUCGAUUCACUCACGACAGAAGCUGUUAGUUCGACGGCGUUGCCGGAGGUGAAUCAAUUAGAUGUAGCGGCGAUUCUGUACUCAUCGGGAACUACAGGUAAAUCGAAAGGCGUGAUGCUGACUCACCGGAACUUGACGGCGUCUGUUGCGGCGUACGAUGCCAUUCGGAUUCCGACGGAGAGUCCUUCGGUGUGCUUACUUACGGUGCCGUUUUUCCAUGUGUACGGUUAUACCUACCUAUUGAAAUCGGUGGCUAUGAUGGACACGGUGGUGGUGAUGGAGAGAUUUGGAUUGGGGAAAAUGCUGGUUGUUGUUGAGAGGUUUCGAGUGACUCAUCUUGUGGCGGUGCCGCCGGUGGUGGUGGCGAUGAGUAAAGAGGGAGCGACGGAAGGACAUGAUUUGGCGUCGUUGAAAUGUGUGCCUUGUGGUGGUGCUCCGUUGGGAAAGGAAAACUUCGAUGCUUUCAAAUCAAAGUUCCCUCAAGUAUCGAUAUUCCAGGGAUAUGGGUUAACUGAAUCAACAGCUGGUGUUAUCCGAAUAGUAGGUCCUGAGGAGGCUAGCCGGGCAGGAACUACAGGUAGGCUGGGAUCAGGGAUGGAAGCUAAAGUAAUGAACCCAAACACAGGAGAGGCCAUGUCUCCUGGUGAACAAGGGGAACUUUGGGUUAGAGGACCUCCAAUUAUGAAAGGUUAUGUUGGUGAUCCAUUGGCAACUUCUGUUACUUUGGUGGAUGGAUGGUUGAGAACCGGGGAUAUUUGUUAUUUUGACAAUGAAGGUUUUGUGCAUGUUGUAGAUAGAUUGAAAGAGUUGAUCAAAUAUAAAGGCUACCAGGUGGCUCCUGCAGAGCUGGAACAAUUGCUCCAAUCUCACCCAAAGAUCAAGGAUGCUGCAGUUAUUCCAUAUCCUGAUGAGAAUGCUGGCCAGGUGCCCCUUGCUUUUGUGGUAAGGCAACCUCAAAGCUCCCUAGGCGAAGCAGAAAUAAUAGAUUUUAUAGCCAAACAGGUUGCACCGUACAAGAAAAUAAGGCGUGUGGUAUUUGUCAAUUCGAUACCAAAGAAUGCAGGAGGAAAGAUAUUGAGGAAGGACUUGUUGGAUAAAAUUAUCCUCCAAAGAACUUUGCCGAGGUUAUAAAUUAAAAAUCCUUUCAAAGCAAAAAUGAUCUUGUUUUUCAAUCCAAGAAAAAGUAAUUAUUUAGUAAAAUAUGGAAAGAGCUUUUGUGGGAGAAACUAUUCAUAUUGCUUUCAAUUUGUUCUCAAAUAUCCUAGCUGAUUUUUACAUAAAAUAAUUAUAAUAGUGAUGUAUUUUAGUUAUGCUUAAGAGAAGUGUAGUAAUAAAAAUGGUGAUGACAAUGAGAAUGCUAGAACCUAGAGAAACACUCAAGUCAGGGAACAAUUUAGGCGAGUGAGAGGUUUUAGUGUUGGAUCUUCUGUUGGCGGUAUGUUGUCAAUGUUGAAUAAGAAGAAGAUAAAAUUAAUGAUGAUGAAGAUUGCACAAAUAAA